UAAACUACAAAUUUAUUCAGGCAUUUCAAGGGAGGCAAGCUGAAAUCAAAGUGCCACGCCUCAUUUUGUUCAAAUUACAGAUUCCCAAUCAAAGAUAAAAGUGAAGGAUUAGCUUUAAUUGGGAAAUGUGUAAUUUAAAUCAAGUGUUUCGCGGUAUGCACAGAUACCACUAUUCGUGCUAUCGCCGGAGAAUGCACCAAAUAGUGGCGGCUCCCUGCUGUCCUUCCGGGCAGAACAGAACCACAAAGGAAUCAAUUCCUGCGGUUGAGAAAACUUCAUCAGGCAAACAAUUACCAAGGAAAUCAUCCUCGUCCUCAGCCAAGACUCCAGAUUCCUCCACAGCGAACCCUCUGCCAAAGAAAGUCCCUCCAACUACCAGCCAAAGAAAGAACAAUAAUAAAUCCUCUGAUAGUUCUGUUUCUUCCAUAAAUAAAAAGCUAUCCAAGGGCAAGCCAGUACCAACCAACAAAAUUUCUGUCGAUAAAUCUGCGAAAAUGGGAAGACUAUCUGGUGGAUCUGUGGAGAUCAAGAAAAACAAGAAAUCUUGCGUAUGUAACAUCUGUGAGGAAGACUCUGGAUGUUCGUCUGACGGUGAUUAUGGCUCACCAAUGUCGAUAUUAUCCCCGAAAUCAACAAGAAAUGGUACAAAAAUUAAACCAUCUAAGUCAAAAUCAGUGCCACAGGACACAGAUUGUAAGGCUCUUGUAAAAUCCAAGCCGAAGCGCAAAAAAAUAGUCCAAAGAAGGUCGCCUUCAAGAUCACCAAUAAGGGCAGUUGAGUGUCCUAAGGCCAAACAAAUAAACGACGAUGAUGGUGUUUGGUUCGAGUGCAAUUUACCCUUUCGUGUGAAUAUUCCUUUUCCCAUAAAUAUUCGAAAUCUAUUUGAUUUGCAGUCAUUUCAAAACAAUGCCAUUGUUCCGGCAAGAAAUUGUGGAAAUCCAUUUUGCUUGACAAUGCGCAAUUCUAUGCCAGUUCCUGUUCAUCCCACAUCCGUCAAGAAAGGACUUAGGCGAUUUAAGGCACAUCCCAGUCCCUGUUCCUGCGAGACAUGCACUCAAACUGGCGAGGAAGAAUGCGAACUACUUCGCUGCCUGUACGAUAUCAAAAAUCAACUUGCAGCCAAAUCCACAGAAUGUCGUUGUUUUGCCGAGAAGUCCACAUAUGUUAGGGCUCCUGACAAGGAAGGGUCAAUAAGAUUGAAAGAAAAGCCAGCGAAAGUAUCAAAAGUAUCAUCUGCAAUCAGUAACGAAACAUUCGUAUCAAAUGUUUGCCUAAGGGAACUACGGACUCCGACAUGUAAGUCCAAGAAAACUGAAAAGAAACCUAAGAAACUCCCGCAAAUUACAUCAACAACCAGUCUCAAAAGAAAUAAUUCCUCCAAGACCAAUGAAACCGAAAAAAAACCUAAGAAAACCCAACCAGUUACAAGUGACAAUGCGUGUUCGUCAAUGUGUUCCCUUAACAAAGUACCAAAAGCAACUGCUAAGACCAAGAUGGCAGAGCAAAAGCCUGAAAAAACCAAGUCAAUUGCAUCGAUAACAAGUUCCUCACGUUGUGUUUCCCUUACAGAAGUACAGAAACCACCUAUUAAAACCCAUAAAUCGGUAGAGAAAUCUAUAAAACACAAAUCAAUUACAUCCACAGAACGAUUAACUAAGAAGUGUUCAUCGAAAUGUUCUCAAGAAGUGGAAAAAAGUUCUCAAGAUAAACUAGAACAGAAAGAUGAUAAAGGACCACAUAUUAAAAAGCCAAUAAUAGUUACUAAACCAAGGGAGACAGUGGAAUCAAUAAAUGUUAAAGACACCGAGAAGAAUCGUGAAUCACUUAAGCCUGAAUGUAAGGUAGAAAUAAAUCAGAUCAAACCGGAGGUCGAGAAUAAUAUAUCUUUGCAAAUUCAAAGGGAGCGUGAAUGGAUUGAUCCGAAUCCAUCCAUUACUUGGACGGUGCCUCGGGUUUUUCCCAAUGAAUUUGCCAAAUGUCUAAGAUCACAGUACCAGCCACGUUGUAUGUAUCGCGGUUGUAAGGCAAGGAAUCCUCUUAUGUAUCAGGCUCUACAAUAUCCUGGUCAUUGCUCACAACAAUUUUGGCCAAACUGCCAGAGAAACCCCUAUCUUAUGAAUAAUACCGUGUAUCAAAGCGUAAGCUUACCAACAGCAACAUGUGCAACAAGUAAUCCAUGUAAGCCACUUGUUGAAGAAAAGAAAUUUGAGAAAAUCGAGCCAGUUAGAAAGAUAUCCGUCUGUUUUUGUCCCAGCCCCCAGGUCUUUCCUGAAUGUACUGCUUCAAUCACACAAGGAUCCCAGUGCCAGCCAAAUUGUGUGUACCAAAGAGGGACUCCUGAACAUAAGUCUACAAUGACACAAGGGACACAAUGCCAGCCAAUUUGUAUGUACCAAAAAGGGACUCCUGAAUAUAAAUCUACAAUGACACAAGGAUCACAAUGCCCGUCUAAUGGUAUGUACCAAAGAGAGACCCCUGAACGUAACUGUACAAUGACACAGGGAUCACAAUGCCCAUCUAAUGGUAUGUACCAAAGAGGGACUCCUGAACGUAACUCUACAAUGACACAAGGAUCACAGUGCCAGUCUUAUGGUAUGUGCCAAAGAGGGACUCAUGGAUAUAAGUCAACAAUGACACAAGGAACACAGUGCCCGUCUAAUAGAACUCCUGAAUAUAAGUCUAUAAUGAUUCAAGGACCACAGUGCCGGUUUAAUGGUAUGUACCAAAGAGAGGCUCUUGAACGUAACUCUACAGUGACACAAGGAUCGCAUUGCCAGUCUAGUUGUAUGUACCCAAGGUGGACUCCUGGAUAUUGCUAUCAACGCUGUGGGCCAAACUGGCAGACACAGAAGCCGGCCAUUCCAAUAACCUCUUCAUCGGAAUAUAAUAAAAGAGCCCUAUUAAAAAAAUCAUUAUGUAGAAAUGCUUCUCCAAAAGAAAGUAGUAUAAUAUGCCCAUGCAGUCCAGGAGUUCAAGGUAAUAAUUCCGUGAAUUGCAAGCCUUCAGCAAAGUCCACGUGCUUCAAAAUCUGCCCAUCUCAACCGAAAAUAUGUAACAGGACUGGACAUACCAACAGUGGAUAUGUUGAAUGUGUAUCAUGGAAUAGAUCAAAUACGGCAUCAUCAUGUUGUAGAAAAGCACAAAAUGUACCCAGUGACCGCAUAAGCUCUGGUGGCGAAACUACCAGGAUUAAUUCAAAUUUUGAUAGCAUUUCUCAAGAAUUAAGUUCAGUCAGCCAAAUUGCCCAAGAAUAUUAUUUUCCUUUGGACGAUAAGAAGCAACGGUCUAUCAAAUCAUUAAAUCUUCAAGAGAAGGCCAAUGUUUCAAAAAAUAUAACUGCUAAUAUUAUUCCUGGUCAAGUCGAUCGCUGCCAGGAAGAUAGGAGUCACGAGAAAGUCCUAGAAAUUAAUAAAGAAGUGUGUUGUUCUGAAAAACCAACAGGUGAAACACAAAUUAAGUGUAAUAUAUCUUAUAAUCAGGAUAAGUCUAGAAAUGACAUAUCUGAAGACCAGAUUAUAGUAAGCUUCACGAAUCAGAGUUUUAGCGUAGACUCUGAGGAAUUUAACAGAACUGAUUCAGAGGAAAAGCCACAAUUGUCCCAAAAACGACCAAAUUAUGUCAAAACGAAUGAUAAUUUGACAUUACAAUAUUCAGAAAGAACGUUUCCUAAUGAAUAUACAAGAUCGAUUAGGACUAAUCAAGUAGAUGAUAUCGAUGAAUACCAAAGUACAAGUUCGGAAAGAUUACAUCUAAGUCAAGUUUCUGAAAAUAAGACAAAUAUUCCCUGCAAUAGUAUAGAAAGGAAUCCAGAAUCAAUUCAAUACACCAGACAUGAAAGUGGUAUGACUAAGCGAUUAAAUAAUAGUGAUAAACAAGCAGAAAAUUGUCAAAAGUCUCCGACGAUUAAUACAAAUAAAAAGCAGAGAUCCCGCUCAGCACCAGGAUGUUGCGGUGCUUCGUUGGAUGGAAAUAACGAAAAUAAAUCUGAAACACCAGUCAUAUAUCGACAGUGCUUCUCACUAAGAAAUCAAAUCCCCAAAAAGUUUUACAACUUAACAAAAGGCUCUGAUAACAAUCAAGAUGAAAGCUGCAAUACCGAAAUGGAACAAGCAGGGCAGUUACCCACAGAAAGGACUCGAGAAAAUUCUAAACCGGAAGACAAGGGCACAUGUAAGUGUCCGGAUUAUAGUAUAAAGGCUAAUAUGAGGAAAGCCAAGCAGAUAGGUGAAAAGGGGUGCUGCAUUCCAAGACAAGACCAAAAGAGAACCUCUAACGCACCAGGAAAUAUGCCAGUGCAUCAAAACAUACCGUCUAGAAGUCCUAGAAAUGUGGAACGUCAUAAAGCUGAUUAUCAGGAUUCAAGUUUUAGGACCAAGCCACCUAUGCCUAGCUCCAAAAAAUAUAAAAUGGAAUCAGAUGAAACAUAUCAGGUUUCAGAGAUGAGACGUCAAACAAGAGAGCCUCCAUUCCAAGAGCGUUCAUCGUCAUCGUAUCUUCAGAGCACAGGAUGUCAGCGAACGGGGAAUCAAAAACACAAAGACAUACCCAAAUCGAAGAUCUCGAAGCCUCAGACCAGCACCGAUUUUAGUCUAUCGGAGGAGGAAGAUCAUCCUUCUUCUCUAUCACAUACACGUAAGGACCAAAACUAUUGUCAAAGUAAUCAAAGGGAUAUAUCAUAUAAAAAAGAAUCUAAGAUAAAAACAAGGCUAAGGAAGUCAUGUUCCCAAGACUCUCUUAGUCAAUCAGAGGACGGAUAUUAUUCAAGAACUUGCAAAUGUCUGCCCAAAACAUACCAUGACACUCCUUAUAGUACAUCAGCUUCUUCAAGUCCGUAUAGUCCUUCUACAAAAUCGAGUAUAUCGGUUGAAAGUAGAGAAAAGUCGAGCAGAAGUGUUUCCUAUAAUUACAAACCUAAAGAAAAUCGAAAGGUAUAUCCGGGAUAUCGGAAUAAACCAUGCUGUGUUCAUGGAAAUAAUUCUGAACUUAUUAAAGAAAAUUCCGAAUCUGAAUCAGAAGAGAGCUUACUUCUAACAUCGACGGAAGAAUCUGAAGACUGUAGAUGUAAGCCAAACAAUUCCCAUAGCAAGUCCAUCCAAUCGGGAAGAACGACAGAUGUGGAGAUCCUGGAGACCCUCACACUGCUGCAACCCCCACACCUUCGCAGCACUGAAAGUACGAGAAUUUUUAAUUCUAAAAUAUGCUCUGAAGACACCGUACUUCUUGAGAUACGGACCACCUGCAAAAAGGAUAGUCUACUCCAGACCUGCGCCCGACCGCCUUGUAAGUUCCGUCGUGAACAUAAGGCAGAGAUUCCUCCAACUGCUGUACCAGUGCAGUCACCAAAUUACUACCCACGGAAUGGGAACUUUUUCGAAGAAACGUACCUUAUAGAUCCGAGAGAUCAUUGGAACACUAUCAGAUCACAGGCUGUGCCGCCAGCUCUUUAUUGUCAGCAGCAGCUUCAAAUGCAGAACCUGGAUCCCCGUUAUCCUGCUUAUCAUCCCCAACAAGUAAAAGAGGCAAUAGAAGCCCUGCCCCUUGGGUUCUACGAUCAAACCAUUCAUCAGUACAACAUUAUUCGAAUGGACUCGAACUUUCGGCCGCCAACUCUUGGACCAGAAAUUAUUCAGGCUGUACAAGCAUUUCCCCAAUCCCAUUGCGGAUGCCCACCCUGUCCAUAUCGCAAUCCAAUGCAACAGCAAAUCAUGAGACCCGUUCGGGAUUUCACUCGUCCCUUCAUACAGCCGCAAAAUCUAAUCCAACACCAACUUCCAAUGAGACCUACCCAAUUUUGUUCUCAGCAACCUCGAUAAUUGGAAUUCAAUAACGUCAGCGUAAAUAAAGCUCUAAAUGGCUUGGAGGCACCGCUCAAAACCAAACAUGCCCGAU